GAAUAUCAGCUCUGCACAGGGAGGAGAGGAUUAGCGCAACCACUCAGCUCAUCUGCAUAUACGUUCCCAGAGAACCACAUGAGCACCCAAGGCUGCACCUCUUUUGUAUAAAACCUGGCACUCCUAUCACAGAGGCUCCACUUGAUCUACUCUCACUGCUGUGAGAUCAUUUGAUAGGAACCACAGUUUUUUUUGUUUUUUGUUUUUUGUCUUUUUGACUCUUUUUAAAUGAUUUAUAGAAUUUUAAUUUGCAUUUUGUUGCCUGCAAUGUCUCUGUUUAACUGGGACAAUGCAAGUAAUACUGUUUGAUAUGUACUUGCUCUGAACAUCAAGGAGUUUACCCUUCAUUUUUUGGGGACUUUUUCCAACUGGGUUUCUUUCUUCAUCUGGUUUUGGAAGACUGCAGCUCCAGAAUGCCAUCUAGAGAGUCCUACGAGGUAAACAAGGAAGAGAAGCCUCUGGUGCAAAAGGCCAAGCGAGAGGCCAAUCAGGAGGAUAUUCUGGCGGCAGCUCUGGGAAUGAGGAUGGGGCCACAAAAACCUUCAGCCACUUUCUGGCAGCCACUUAAACUAUUCGCCUAUUCGCAGCUCACCUCACUGGUUCGCAGAGCCACGCUGAAGGAGAGCGACCGGACGCCCAAAUCUGAGAAAGUCCACAACUUCAAGGUCCACACCUUUCGGGGGCCUCACUGGUGCGAACACUGUGCCAGUUUCAUGUGGGGACUGAUGGCUCAGGGGGUCAAAUGUGCAGAUUGUGGUUUGAACGUCCACAAACAGUGCUCGUCUCUGGUGCCCAACGACUGCAAGCCGGACCUGAGACACAUCCGUAAAGUUUACAGCUGCGACCUGACGACGCUGGUGAAAGCGUACAACACGGCCCGACCCAUGGUGGUGGACAUGUGCAUACGAGAGAUCGAGUCCAGAGGACUGAAGUCGGAAGGCCUCUACAGAAUAUCUGGAUUCAGCGAUUCGGUGGAAGAAGUCAAGAUGGGAUUUGACAAAGAUGGCGAGAACACAGACAUCUCAGUGAACGCCUAUGAAGACAUCAAUAUCAUCGCGGGUGCGCUGAAACUGUACCUCAGGGAUUUGCCUGUUCCUGUUAUCUCCUAUGAUGCCUACCCCAGGUUCAUCGAGGCUGCAAAGCUCACGGAUCCGGAGAAGAAGCUGGAAGCUUUCCGAGAGGCUCUCGCUCUGCUGCCGCCGUCGCACAGUGAAACUCUCAAGUACCUCAUGGCCCACUUGAAAAGGGUGACGCAGAACGAGAAGUUCAACCUGAUGAACGCGGAGAACCUCGGCAUCGUUUUCGGGCCCACCCUCAUGCGGGCCCCCAACCUGGACGCCAUCACAGCGCUGAAUGACAUCCGCUACCAGAGACAGGUGGUGGAGGUGCUCAUUAAAAAUGAAGGGGCGCUCUUCUAAAACACAGAUCAGGACUUUUAUAGAACAGCUCUCUAAUCAUUCUUUUGUGUAAAGACUUGAAAUGACUGUUUCUAUUCCACUGAUACGUUUGUUUUUUUAAAAAUGCCUUGUGUAUGGACUAGUGCUGACCUAACAUCUGUCCUCUCCCUGUAACCGGGCGCUGGAUGAUGAACCUUACACUCGUACGUACUUUAUGUCUCCCCAUUUUUGUCGGGGGAUUUUCCGAAGCUGACAGACCCGCAUGCAUGGUGCAAGGUCUUUGUUGCUUUGUAGUCGUAACCCAGCAUGUGUUCAGAUUGUGUAGCGCUGUGAUUUUUUUCUUUCGUCUGUUCCGUAGUAGUUAUUUCCACGCUCCCGGCUGCCUGCCGCGCAGCUAUUUCCGUGAAACUUUGUAUAGCUGGAUGUAAAAAAAAAAAAAAGCUACUAAUUUUUUCUGGGGGUAAUUUUUAUGAUGCUGUAUUUUUUUAUCUCCUCAAAUGUUUGUACGUCACCUGCAGUUCUUAGUUGAAUGAGCCUUCUCCUCUUAAUGUGUACGCACUGGUGCAUUUUGCCUGACCUUAACAUUUUUAUUGUGUUAUAAGCAGCAUUGUUUGUGAAUUAAAUUUUUUACUGUAAUGUUUUUUGUACACAACUUGUGCAUGAUCACUUUAAUUUAUUAAACCUUACUCUGAGAAAUUAAGCGCUUAAUGAGUCGUCUGAAUCGCCAUAAUAAAUAUCGACAUUAAAUUUGUGAUAAAGUUGCAAUAACUGAUUUUUUUUUGGCCACUUGGGGGCAGCAGGAAAAAAAGUUCUGACCCUUGGGUUGAUGCCUCAAAAUUGAUGGCAAACAGUUGCAUAUUCAACAGAUACGAAGCAGCAUUUCAUUUUGGAGGUUAACGUCUGCAUCUGUCUGCGAUGUUUUGAAAAUAGUAAAGCUAUAAGUUGGAAAUCCAAAUCACUCGCUGGGUGUCUGUACCGUAGUUUUAAACACAUUUCAAAGUAAUGCAUCAGACAUUUUUAACCGUAACAUUCCAAAAUAUUUCCUCAGUUUCACCUAAAAGUUUUGCCGCUUACAUGUUCUGUAAAAAAUGUAUCUGAACUGCAAAAUCUAUUAAAGAGAAGCACUGAUUCAAAUUAGUCUCGUUUAUCUUUCUAGCUUGCGGAUUGUAUUUACUUGAAAUCACACUUUUCCCACUAAAACUGGUGUUCAAGUUUCAGCAACAGUGCAAAAAAGUUAGGUUUAUUACACCUUUAGCACUGUGACAUCAUGACGUUCACACUUUCGCAAAUUUUUCUGCUGUAACUCAACUGCUGUUUUCAUCCAAUAGAAUAUUGAGUCGAGUGAUGACAUCAUGUUUUGUUUGGCUAAAGCGAAUACUCCUGUUGGGAAAAUUGAUCACUUUAAGUUGGCAUUUCUUAAAACUACGCUGCAGCAAUGCUGACUGUAUAGGUAUCAAUGGUUUAAGUACAUCUACUGUAAACCAGUGGUAUUAAUAAAACUUGCCUACUUGAUUUGAAUAAACUUAAUUUAAUUGUG